AUGUCUUCUCCAUUUCAUCAUGCUGGCUCUGGUGGUUUUGGUAUAACGAUACAUCACGAGGGUCAAAACGAUCAAAAUUCGAUUUAUCCGUCUCCAUCUGGUGGAACGGGUGAUCCGAGAAUACAGGCAGCUCAAAAAGGGAGAAGCAAUAGUGAAACCAACGAAUCAGCUACAUAUGGAACAAUAAGUGAAUAUGAUAUUAAAAAUAAUAGACCAUAA